AACAUGAACAAACUCCGCGUAAACUAGAUCGAAUGAUGGUACAAACACAUCUAACGUAACAAGUCAAGGGAUACAAAAGUGUGUAAUCUAAUCGUAAUCAAACCACCCACAUUUGAACGUUUGUUUGUCCCCAAGCAAACAUGCUCAAACCAGUACAACUUGUAGGACAAGAACAAUGGUAUGCACUAUCAAUCAUCGGUGGUGCCUCGAAAAUAAUCAAAGUUGGGUAGAAAUUAUUUCCAUCUCUUUGUGUCAUGCGCACUCUCGGUUUAGGACCUUGUCAACUAAGGAGGUCUAGACACUUGACGUGUGCACUGGGGGACUCAUAGAAAACAUGUGAAAAUGCAAGGACUCCAUGGUGGUGAUCCCACUUUUCAAAAGAGUACUCAAUUUUCGAGCCUCAACUUAAAUUUUUCAUGCACGCCACCACUUUGCAAUUUUUCAAAUCAAUGCAUCUCCCCUCGUGACCUAGAGCGAAAGGAACAUUGUCUUAUGUAUCUUGGCCCCAUGUAGGAAACAUGAUGGUCUGAUUCAUUAACUGAGCACCACUUUCAACCUGCACUCCUCGUCUCAACGACAAACGAGUUGCCACACAUGUCAGGUGCUAAUGAGAGCCGAGGUCUCGUGACUCGCUUAAAGAGACUUUGUCUCUUGCCAUACGAGCCUCAAUUUUCCGAGAGAUGAUCGGGAUGCUAAAAAACAAUCUGAACCCCAAACACAUCCUCAAUGGAACUUCAUACCGAGAGAAGAGCCAUUCGACUUUUUAACUCAAACACUAUGACCGGUUGUCUCUCACAUGAGAACCUCAAUUUUCCAAAAAAAAAAAAAUCCAAAUUGGAGAACCUUUUGCAAAAUAUUUUGGAGUCAUAUAUUGGGGAUUCCCAUACAUAUGUCAUAACCUCAAUAAUAAACAUUAUCGAAACAACUAAGACGAAAUCGAAGUAAAGCCAGUCAUCAUCAAGGAUUCUCAUGGCACCAUUCUUCCAUGUACUGCACACCAUCAUAGUCAUCAAACAAUUCAAAGCAAACUAAGCAAGAUCAUGAUAAGGACAAUUGUGAUCGGAACCCCUAAAAUUUUCAAUUUCAAGCAAUAAUCUAGGUCCCAAAACACAUCUCAAUAUCGACUAUACAUCAUUCAUUCACGCACAGGUGGUUGGAGCCCUCAAAUUAUAGAAAUUUGGAAAUCACAAGGCUCCAACACAUUCAAAUAGGAUAUUCACACUCAUUAUUCACAGGCCAAUACAUGUACCCCCUCCCACUUAAGCACGACAUUGUCUCCAAUGGAACAAAGAGAAGGGUGGAAUGAAUUUACCGAAUCGAUUGGCGAGUGAAAGUUGAACUAGAAAAGGACCAUUCUCGAGCGAGAGAGGUUCACAAGAGACAAACACAAACAUACUCAAUGCGAGGUUAUUACACAAUAACAUUAUUCAACAUCACAUAAAAGAUAAAAAACGCAAUAGUAGUACUAGUUCAACACACGAAAAGAAUGAACAAAAAGUCUAGAGUCUAAGUGGGGAGAAAGAACGCGGAAGUACUAUAGUGCAAACAUGGCACUCAUGUGAUGGCUGCCACUCGUCCUUAACCUCAAUUCCCUGAACACUUGAAAGCUCCUCCAUCAAGAGGUGUGAAUGUCUCAGGGCGUUUAGCUCUUGGGCGAUCUGGGAUGAUACACCCGCGAACUGGCCCUCAAAGGCAGAGACUUGGGUCUCUAGGUCCCCCAAGAAAAAAGAUGGUUCAACUCCGAAUGAUGAUGAUCCCCUGUGAUGGCCACGACGACGUUAUGGUGGUGGUGCUCUAUGUGGUGACUCUGGUGCCUCCUCCACAACAGGCCAAAGCAAAGCAGAAGGUCGAAGGCCAUCGAUGUACUCGAUGCCUCGCUCAAUGCGAACCAGCCACAUGUGGUGGAGUGUCUCCACGGGAAGAUCUCAGUUCACCCCACCUUUGUGCAGUAGGUGGUGUCCACCCUGAAGUAUCGAUCAAGUUUGGUGAUGAUGGCGCCAAGGUGCAUAGGGUAGACCCGAGGUCGACCCAAGAUUCUCGAGAAAGUAGUCGCCACCAGUGGUACCACUGAACCCAAGUGAAGUGACUCUCGGCGUCGACCCAUAACUCGCAACAAAAGAUACUCUUACACUGGUUCACAAUUAGGCCAACACCUAUUACACGGAGGAACUAUUUUCGAAACUAUGGUAAUUUGGAUACUAUUUUUCCUAAAGAUAUUAUUUUAGAUAUUAUUUUAGAAAAAAGCCACCUCCAUCUCUCAUGAUAAAACAAUGCAGGUUAACAUUUAUUUUCUCCAAAAUAUUUAAAGUAAAUAUCAUUAAUAUUUCAAAAUAAUUAACGUGAUUUAUCUGUGGGGAAAAAAGUAGAAUGAAAAUGAAUGAGAUCUUAUCUCUUACAAUUUAAUGAGGAAAUAGGUGUGCAUUGGUGAGUGCAACAUAGGCUCCCCUUGACUGACCGUAGACACAAUUAGAUUAAAUUAUCCUCGUAUCGCGCGAAUCCCACUUGCAUCCCUUGUCAGCGUUGCAUCCGCACCAAGGUUGUCAAACCGGUUUAUACCGUUGUGUCGAUUUGGCAAGUGGAAUGGUACGACCGGUGAUAUAACCAGUUUGUGCCAGUUCAUGCCGGUCUAAAAAAAUGUGAAAACAAUU